AAACCCUUGCCUUUUGACUGAUCCAUACUCACUUUGCGUCUCUCGCUAACCGCCCAGUUUUCUUUCUCUAAAACCCUAUUUUAUGAUUUAUGCCUUAAAAUCAAUUGAUUCUUGAAAAACAAGAGAGAGAGAGUGUGUGUGCAAAUUUCAGUUAUCUGAUGGUUUCUCUGCAGUUUUCCUAUGAGAAAACCCUAGGAGACGUAAUGAAACCCUGAUUCGAAAUGGGCGUUACCUUUAAACUAUCAGGGACUGGUACGCGGUAUAAGCCCAGAUCCCCUGUUCAUGAUGAAUUCUCUGUUGAUAGUGGAGUGAAUAAUGCUGGAGCCGAAUCUGUUGGGUCCAAAAGGAAGAAAAUUGAGGCUGAUUCUGCUGAGGUUGGAAGUGAGCUUAUUGCUUAUUCAGUUUCAUCGACCAGUUCUGGAGGGAAUCUUGUGCCUACAGAGCUUGAUGCGUCCUUCUCCGUUAACUUGCUACCUAAUGGAUUUUCUCUCGGAGUACCUACUGAGAAGGGGAAGCCUCCACCAUUGCUCCAAGAUUUACCGAAAUCAUUGCAUCCUUAUGACAAAUCAUCUGAGACUCUUUUCUCCGCACUUGAGUCUGGCUGGUUGCCUGGAGACAUUUUGGAUGAUAUACCUUGCAAGUACCUUGACGGAGUUAUUAUGUGUGAGGUGCGAGAUUAUCGCAAAUGUGUGCCUGGACCGGCAAAUGCCGUAACUUCUGGGGAAGGAGUAGCAGUUCAUAAUGUGCACCUGAAGAUGUCAACGGAGAACGUAGUCAAAGAUAUUCCAUCUAUAACAGAUCAUUCUUGGACUUACAGUGACCUAAUGGAAGUUGAGGCCAGAAUUUUGAAGGCCAUGCAACCAGAACUCUGUUUGGAUCCCUCCCCAAAGCUUGACAGGCUUUGUACUGCACCAGCUCUUAAGAAGCUCAAGUUGGGUAUUCACCGUGGAGCAGAGAAGCGUCAAAGAAGUGGCGCACCAGCAGUGAAGGUCACGUCUAGCAAUCUAUCUCAUGGAAAGAAAGUCUUGAUUGACCGAGUUCUUGAGACUUCUACCUGCCAGCCAGGUCCCACCAUGGGAGACGGCACAUUCCCAUAUGCCCAUGAUGCUACAAUCCCAUUGCCUGCAGCCUCAAAUAACACAGGUACUAUGAGACCUAAAAGUAUGGCACCCACGGUAUCUCAGCCAAGGUAUCAAUCAACGGUUAACCGACCAAGGAGCAUGGUUGAUCAACAACCAUCUACACCUGGUCCAACAAGCCUAGUAACAACACCUGGUCAGGAUUUAACAAAUCCUUACAUUGACCCAAGAACUUUUAACACAUCUAUGAUUGGAAAGAGGGAUAACCCACAAAUGAUACCCCAAUCAGAUGUAAAGAGGACAAAGCUAGAGCAAAUGCACUUGAACCAGCAAUAUGGUGGGACCCAAUCAGAGAAUCUCAUGGGAUCAGACAUGCAGUGGAAGAAUGCGAUGUUACAGCAGCAUUUAGAAGCCAUAGGAAAUCCUUCUGGAAACAUUGGGUUGCAAAAAUAUCCAGAUGGUUCCUCGCAUGCUGCUAUUCUCGAAGGGGUUUCUAAACAGGAUGUACCAGUGGUCUCUUCUUAUAUGGAGCAGAAGGCAAUCAGUUAUGGCGUGAAGGAGGAACCAUCUGAACCCGAGAAGUUGGAGAUUCAAGAGGGAGAGAAGCAUAGGGAUGACCCACAAAAUAUAUUGGAAGGGGAAAGUGAUCAAGUGGGGAUUCAGCGCUUGCACUCUUUCUCAAGAACCCCUUACUUCCCUCACAACCAAGGCCAGUGGCACAAUUUAGACUCGAAGAAGGAUGAUGGUUUCCAAAAGAAGAAAACGGUGAAUAGUCCACGAGUUUCGGGCGCACCAGUGCAUUCUCCAGUGUCAUCAAAAUCAGGAGAGAUAUCGAGUGGUUCAAUGGGGGCCUUCUAUGGCACUGGCCCCACAAAUGCUAUGGUUGGGGUGCAGAGAGAGAAAACCAAUGUUUCCAUUUCUGGUCAGAUGAUGGGGAGUGCUUCUGUGAACUCGGCUCAUAAUGAUGCUAUGAUGAGGCAGAACCAUGCCUCAGCAUCGGGUAUUGCAAAACGAAGUCCUUCCCUCCCUAAAAACUCAGCCAUGAGUGGGGUUGCGUCACCGGCAAGUGUGGGCAACUCAAACACUGCUCCACUUAGUGCAAAUAGCCCAUCUACUGGGACCCCACCGAUGGCCAAUCCUGGAACCAAGGACUCGGUCAUUCUUGAGAGGUUCUCAAAAGCCAUUCUUCUGACGCAGAGGACUAAAUUGAACCGCAAGAUUAACAAGAUUGAGGAGUAUCCCGAGAGAAAACCAACAACUUACUCACUUCAGCUUCUCUCCAUCUGCCUCACAAAUGCCAUGUCUAUUGAUGAUUUGAAGGAUGCAAAUGAUUCUAACUCUAUGGCCAAGUCCCUUCUUGGGGGGAGCGUCAAUUUGCCCAAGACCAGAUCCAUGAAUUUCGUGCGUACCAGCCAGUUCUAUCCAGAGAACGGUGUCCAACCUAGUAUUCAUAGGGUGAGGAGUCGUUUGGCCAUGGUCGAGAAGGCCAAAGAUGGGGUGGUGGAAGCUUUAGUGCAGUAUGGAGAUGAAGAUGACAGUGAAUUUACAGCAUCUUCCAGGGAUCUUUUUCCCUUACUGCCCAAUACUGUGAGUUCACACGCCACAUUGCCUAAUGCUAAUUAUGCAGAUCUCCUUGCUAAUCAGUACAGUACACUGAUGCUACGAGAUGGGUAUCAACUAAUGGAUGACCAGAUCCAACUCGCUCCUCGUGGGGGUGGCCCCUCCACCGCCGCCCAACAACCCUCUACUUCUGCCUCCUCCGACCAAAUGAUUGGCCACCUCCCCCCUUCCAAUUCCCCUCUUCCCAGUCCCCAACCAUCUCACCAGACCAACCUCUUGGGCCCGCGAAUGCCACCACAUGGCAACAUCCAGGCAGUCAACUUGUCCCCCGGUUACUUACCCUCCCCUCGGGCCCCACCUCAAUUCAUGGACCCCACCUCUAACCUCCAACAACAACAGCAGCAGCAGCCUCGAUCCUCCCCGUUGGUCACUUCCAACCAGCUUGCUCAGCUCAAUGCAACAGCCUCCAACCAUGCCAUGGGUACCCCAACUCACAUAAUGGGCAUGGGUAUGGGCAUGAACAUGGGAAGUAUGGGCAUGGGCACCAAUCCAUCAUCCCCAUCCCCCAUGCACAUGCAUCUCCUACAACAUAGACAACAACAAAGCCAACAGCAACAACAACAACAGCCACAACAGCAAAGAAAGAUGAUGACGAGCUUGGGCUCAGCCAUGACCAUCCCCAACAUGAUGAACAUGAACAUGAACAUGAACAUGGGCGGCAUGACCAUGGGUGGCAUGUCAGGACCCAUGAUGGGUAUGCAGCAGCACAAUAGCAUAAGCUCCAUGGUCAAGAGUGGCAUGUUAACCACAGCACAAGCUGCAUCCAUGGCCAACAAGCUGAGGAUGGCCCAUGUGGCGCGUGUACGCCCCACCGGUGGGGGACCACAAAUGCCGGGCCUUCCUGCUAUGCUAGGCCAGCCCAUGGGCCGCACCCCCAUGGGCACGGUUCAAAGGGCUGCCUUGGCCUCAAUGGGCCCCCCAAAGAUGCCAGGGACUGCCAGUUUUUACAUGAACCACCAGCAUCAGCAGCAGCAGCCACAAAUGGGCUCACCCAUGCAAACCCAGCAUCAAGUGGGCGCACAUCAGAUGGGUCAGAUGACCUCGCAGCAGGUGGGUCAGGCGGCAUUGCAGCAGAUGGGUACAUUGGGUUCUCAGCAAGUAGGCUCUCAACAAGUGGGUCAGAUGGGCUCGCAGCCAAUGGGUCAAGUUGGCUUACAACAGAUGGGUCAGAUGGGCUCACCUCAAGCGGGUCCGGUGGGCUCACAACAAAUGGGGCAGAUGGGAUCACCUCAAAUGGGUCAGAUGGGCUCACAACAAAUGGGUCAGAUGGGCUCCCCACAAGUUAGUCAGAUGGGCUCACCACAAGUUGGUCAGAUGGGCUCACAACAAAUGGCUCAGGCGGGCUCUCAACAAAUGGGUCAGGUGGGUCCACAGCAAUUGUGUCAAAUGGCUCCGGUGGGCUCACAGCAAAUGGGACCAUUGGGUGCACAACAAAUGGGUCCAUUGGGCUCACAUCAAAUGGGUCACGUGGGUUCACAGCAAAUGAGCCAAUUGAGUUCUCAGCAAAUUGGCCAUUUGGGUUCAUCACAACUGGGUCAAGUUGGGCCGCAGCAAAUUUGUCAAGUGGGUUUACAGCAAAUGGCUCAGGUGGGUUCUCCCUCUGGGCUAGUGAUGAGCCAGCAGCAAGCCCAGAUGAGCCCCCAGCAAGCCCAGAUGAGCAGCCCACAGCAACAGGUGAGCUCUAGUGGGGGGACUCAGCAAAUGGGCUCGCAGCAUGUGGGACCAGCGAGCCCACAACUGAGCUCACAGACCCUGGGUUCAAUUGGGUCCAUCUCAAGUUCACCUAUGGAGAUGCAAGGGGUGAGCAAGGGCAAUUCGGUAAAUAAUGCUGGCUAGCAAAAAAAGAUCCUCUUCAUGCUUUCAAGUAUACCACAGUACUCCAAAAAAAAGAUCCUCUUCAUGCUUUCAAGUAUACCGCAGUACUCCAAAAAAAAGAUCCUCUUCAUGCUUACAAGGGUGGAUGCUUCUUUCCUGUACCCUAUACCACCACACUGCGGUGGAUUUUGGCAUAAACCCCCUUUGAAUAAUAGUUGAAAUGAUCAAAUUGACCUCAAUUUUUUGUGGAAUAAGUUGUGUAGCCAGCGGCCCUUACCUCACUUCCAUAUAUCCAGGAUUUGCAUUCUGUUCAUUGUUAUAUCAGAAGUCUGCGGGCUGUGUGAUCGUCUAUGAAAGAAUUUGGUCAUUUGUUCAGCAGAGUGUGGGGUUGAUCCUUUGGACUUAAAGUUGAUACAUGGAUGCAGUGUUUGUGCAGCAGUUUGGUGGUGGUGUAAAUAAUAGCUAUGGCUUUUCUUAAUAUAUUGGAGGAAUAAACAAAGCACUGUUGUGUGUUUAUCCUCACUAAUUUAUAAUGAGAGUUCCUUUUGUCUCGAA